GGGUUCACUAACUGACAGCCGGUUGCUUAGCGAGUUAGCGAACGGCUAAGAGCAGCUCUAACGGUUGUAACUGUUACACAGUUCCGGUACUGGAAUAUCAGAGGAUAUCUAGCCGCCUGGGGCAAAGUAUUCAUGGUGGACUGAAACUAGGAGCUAUCUUACGUUAGCACACGUCAGCUGAAGAGGGAGCCCUCCCUGAAUGACUAACCGGCAGUGUGUGGCUACUAGCUAGCGGAGAGGAGGGUGGGGACAGAAACUUCCCAGACCUCGCCCAGCCGUUGCUUCAUUCCAGCAGGCAGCUGCUCUCUUGACGGUGUGAGAGAUCCACACCACGAAACGACACAUUUAUUCAAGAGGAGACCGGCACAGCUGUGUUACAGAAGUGCAGAAAUCAGUAAUCAUGUUCAGAAAAAACUUGAAGAAGGACCCGGAGCUGUUCCAGAACGUGUCGGAGGGUUUGCGGCGGCUCUACCGGACCAAGCUGUUCCCGCUGGAGGACACGUAUCGGUUCCACGACUUCCACUCCCCGGCACUCGAAGAUGCCGACUUCGACAACAAGCCCAUGGUCCUCCUGGUGGGCCAGUACUCCACCGGGAAGACCACGUUCAUCCGCCACCUCAUGGAGCAGGACUUCCCCGGUAUGCGGAUUGGCCCCGAGCCGACCACGGACUCUUUCAUCGCGGUGAUGCACGGCGAGCAGGAUGGGGUGAUCCCGGGUAACGCGCUGGUGGUCGACCCCAAGAAGCCCUUCCGCAAACUCAACGCCUUUGGCAACGCCUUCCUGAACAGGUUCAUGUGUGCCCAGAUGCCUAACCCGGUCCUGGAGAGCAUCAGUAUCAUCGAUACUCCUGGAAUCCUGUCGGGAGAGAAACAGAGGAUAAGCAGAGGUUAUGACUUUGCUGCGGUGCUGGAGUGGUUUGCAGAGCGCGUGGACCGCAUCAUCCUCCUGUUCGACGCCCACAAGCUGGACAUCUCGGACGAGUUCUCAGAGGUCAUCCGAGCUCUGAAGAACCACGAGGACAAAAUGCGCGUGGUUCUGAACAAGGCCGACCAGAUCAGCACUCAGCAGCUGAUGAGGGUCUACGGAGCGCUGAUGUGGUCUUUGGGAAAAAUCAUCAACACACCUGAGGUGGUACGUGUGUACAUCGGGUCGUUCUGGGCCCAGCCCCUUCUGGUUCCAGACAACAGGAAGUUGUUUGAGGCGGAGGAGCAGGACCUGUUCGUGGACAUCCAGUCACUGCCACGUAAUGCAGCUCUACGCAAACUCAAUGACCUCAUUAAACGAGCACGCCUCGCCAAGGUACAGGCCUACAUCAUCAGCUCUCUGAAGAAAGAUAUGCCAAGUGUGUUUGGAAAGGACUCAAAGAAGAAGGAGCUGAUAGCCAACCUGGGAGAGACCUACCACCGGAUUGAGAAGGAGCACCAGAUCUCACCUGGAGACUUCCCCAACCUGGCCAAGAUGCAGGAGCUGCUGAAUGGCCAGGACUUCUCCAAGUUCUCAGCGCUGAAGCCCAAGCUGCUGGAGGCAGUGGAGGACAUGCUCGCCAACGACAUUGCCCGCCUCAUGGCCAUGGUGCGCCAGGAGGAGGCCGCAAUGCCCAGUCAGGUUGUCAAGGGCGGAGCCUUUGAGGGAACCAUGAGCGGUCCCUUUGGUCACGGCUACGGAGAGGGCGCCAGCGAAGGCAUUGAUGAGCUGGAGUGGGUGGUGGGUCGCGACAAGCCAACGUACGAUGAGAUCUUCUACACUCUCUCUCCCAUCAACGGCAAAGUGUCCGGCGCCGCAGCCAAGAAGGAGAUGCUGAAGUCCAAGCUGCCCAACACGGUCCUGGGAAAGAUCUGGAAGCUAGCAGACGUGGAUAAAGACGGCCUCCUUGACGAUGAGGAGUUUGCUCUGGCCAACCACCUGAUCAAGGUGAAGCUGGAGGGCCACGAGCUGCCGGCGGCACUGCCUGGACACCUGAUACCCCCGUCCAAACGCGGGAACAUGGAGGACUAAAGGAGGAGGAAGAGGAGAGAGAGGCAGCCUGGAGACGAGCCACGUCAACGCUUUGCAUCAUGUUCAACACAAGCAUGAACGGGAUCAACCUUCAUCAAGCUGACCACGAGGAGGUAUCGCUGUGAUCUUUUUCACCAGAGAGAGACUGGAGGGGUUCAGGGGGGAGGUGGGAGGGAGGGCAGGUCCAUCUUUGUGCAUUCGGGGAUAUUAUUUAGGUAUCUAUUAGAAAAAUAAACGGGGACGGGAGGGGAGGGGAGGUCGAUUUUCAAACUGAUGAAAGGACAUUUCCGGAUCAUGAACUGACGGGUAGUCGGAGGUUGCAUGAUGGGGUUGAACAUGGAUCUGUGAAUCCUGUGUAAAAGAUGUCUUUGAAGUAUACAGUCCAUAAUAUUAUAUGUUGAUCCAAAGAGAUAUAGUUUUUUUUCCAUUUGGAGAGAGAAAGAGGAAAUAAAUCAAAAACAGCUGUUCGAAUUGUUUUAUCUAUAUUUUUGUAUUUCCUGACUGUUAUCUUUGACUCUUUCCAAAUGCUUCCCUUUUUAUUAUUUUGCCAGAUAAAUAAAAAGGAAUACUGUACCAUCUGACAUGGGUAUGUGGAUUUUUAAUAAAUCGUUCCAUGAUACAUCAGUUGAAGUCAUCAGUUCUUUGACUCACAGACGGAACUUUCCCUGGAAGAGAAUAAAAUAAAAUAGAGGAAAUCAUA